UGUUUUUCCGCUGGCACCGGAAAGUGGAAAAGAUAUACAUACAUAUAGUCGCAAUGAAUACGCAAUCUGUAGUACGCCGAUAUCCGCACAGUUUCUCGAUCGAACAGAUUUUAGCCAAACCCGACACGCGAAGCACCAACAAUAUCGACAAUGCGAUAAAUAGUGAAAAUAGUAACCGGAGUUCCGAUGUAUCAUCUCGUGUAUCCAGUCCAGCUACAUCGAGUUGCGUUGAAGAUGGCCUGGAUGAUGGCAAAAGCGAUAUAGCUUCAGAUGAUGGCUUUGCCCCCAACGAUGAUCGCAAGAAGAGACCACGUACUGCCUUCUCGGCGGCACAAAUUAAGGCGCUUGAGACGGAGUUCGAGCGAGGAAAAUAUUUAUCAGUGGCGAAACGCACGGCACUGGCCAAGCAGCUGCAUUUAACGGAGACGCAAAUCAAGAUUUGGUUCCAGAACCGUCGUACCAAAUGGAAGCGCAAGUACACCGCUGAUGUGGAAACCCUUGCCUCCCAUUACUAUGCUCAGCUUGGUAUUGGAGGUCUGGCGCGUCCCAUGGUUGUGGGAGAUCGUUUGUGGCUGUUCAGUCAAACGCCCGCCGGUCCAACGCCCAUACAGUCGAUCAUGCUGAAUGGCGGCGGUACGGCGCCACCGAUGGCCUCGGCCACUAUGCGUCCAUAUGCUGCCAGCACCACAAUGCCGACACUUCCAGGUCCUAGUGUUAUGGAGAGCGCCCGUAAUGCUAUUCUGUCACGUGGACAGCCACUGAACUUCACACUUCCCUUCAGCGUGGCAAAGCAUCCAGGUACGGCAACCACAGCCAGUUAUAUUCCACGUUGUAAGUCCUAUAGUGGCUAUGCAGAUUAUGCGGUGCCUUCACUUGGCAAUAGCGACUACCAACGCGACGAAGCAUAUUUGCAACUGAAGUACGCAGCUCUGCCGCCGGAAACAGAAACUGCGAGCAGCAAUGGACUGGCCGAGCUGGAGCGGGUCUUCGGCGAUUCUAAUGCAAAUUUCCUGGAACACAAAAAUGCAACGACGGGCACAACAGGCACCGCGUGCAAAGCUGCCUGUGGCUACGGACAUGAUGGCUUGGCGCAUGCCCAACGCAGCCGCCGACCCACACACACUGACUCUGAGUGCAGCGAAAUCGAUUGCGAGCACAUCGAUGAGGAUGAAGAUGAUGACUGCGAUACUGUGGAAUAA